CUCUGCAGGCAGGCGAGUGUAUCUGUGGUUGAAAGCUACCACUUUGACGAUGGCUGUGAAUCCUAUGGGACAGAUACUUUUAUGAGAGAACCUUUUGUCGUCAUGUUCUCAUCCAGAUAUACCGGGUUGUUGUCAUGCUGGAAAGUGAUUCUCCUCCCCAGUCUCAUCUUGUGGCAACUCUUUAACAAGCACUCUCUUUGUUUUACAACCUUGAGCAGCUUCACUCUGAUCCCCCAGCAUACCUCUCCGGAACUCGCUGUGGAGGAGAUAAAUGCUCUUUACGACGUGGUGACCGAUAUCCGCACUCGCUGGAACACCAAUAACAUUGUGCUGCUGGGGGACUUUAACUCAGGCUGUAGUUACGUGACGGCCUCUGAUUGGCAAAAGAUCCGCCUCUUCACAGACAAGAGCUUCCACUGGUUGAUCCCAGACUCGGCUGACACCACCGUCAUUCCCACCAACUGCCCUUAUGACAGGGUUGUGGUCACAGCUGACAUGUUGAAGGGAGUGGUGCACGGCAGCGCACAGGUUUUUGACUUCGUGGCUGACCUGAACCUCAGUCAGAGCAUGGUAAAAGCUAGUCCACUUGAGGGACUGGCCAUUAGUGACCAUUUUCCGGUGGAGGUGAAGCUGACGAGCUAA